CAGCGCCCGUCUCUCCCCACAGCGCCGAACCAAGCGACCUGCCUGCUGCCCCCAGAGGAAGGCCCCUGCCGCGCGCUCCUCCCGAGGUGGUACUACAACAGGUACACGCAGACGUGCCAGGAGUUCACCUAUGGGGGCUGCGAGGGCAACGCCAACAACUUCAGGAGCCUGGAGAGCUGCGAGAAGAGCUGCUGGAUGAUCAGGAAAGUGCCCAAAAUAUGCAGACUGGAGGCUGAUCCAGGACCAUGUAGAGGUUACCUAAAAAAAUAUUUCUUCAACCUAAGUUCAAUGAAAUGUGAACAAUUCAUCUAUGGUGGAUGCUAUGGAAAUGAUAACAACUUCCAAGAUAAAGAAUCAUGUGUGGACUACUGUUUGCCUGAAAAAACUGGGCCCUUAUUAUGCUAUAGCCCAAAAGAUGAAGGAUCGUGUUCAUCCUCUGUUACCCGCUAUUACUACAAUCCAAAGAGUCAGUCAUGUGAGGAGUUUAGCUAUACGGGUUGUGGUGGAAAUGCCAAUAACUUUGUUACUAUAAAAGAUUGUUUCAAUGUCUGCAAGAAAGCAGGGAGUAAGAAACAAAGGGCCUACAAGUCAAGAAAUAAACUUCCCAAGACUAUGAGAACUAAAGAAAAAUCUUAGUCUAAAGUAACCUGUUUUAAAUCUGAAGAGCCCACCACUAUUAAAUGCACUACUUUGACUUAAAGAGCCUUCUACAAUACACUUUUACUUUUUUUAUAAUGUGUGUGUGUGUGUGUGUGUAUACAAUGUAAUUCUUCUAACUAGUUCAGCCUGAGAACUAGUUUCUUUAUGUUUUUUUACAUUAGAAAUAGCUAUUAUUUGCAAUGAGAAUUAUUUGUUUCUCUGCAGCACUAUUCUUGCUUAAAAGCCAAAUAUUUGAAUCAGUGUUUUUUACUGAAAAAUAUUAUUACUCUUUAUGGAAAACGGUUGAACUGUUACAAAUUCUUAAUGCUUGAAGUACCCUUCGUCCAUUUAACUAUGGUAUAUACCAAUCUAGAGCCCUACCUUUAAUUUUUUAGCGUUAUCUGUUGACUAAACUGAACAUCAGCAGACUCUUCCAAGACUGCAUACAAAUAUCUAUAAUACUGCUCUUGCAUACCCUUUUGGCAUUAUCAUUUAAACAGGCAAUCCCUUAAAGGGAGUCUUAAGUAGAAGAAUAGUGGUAAUUAUAUUAAUGUGACAAAGGAGAUUAGUCAGGUUGAUUUUAAAAAAUAAAUUCACCUUCAGUGACAAUCCUUGAUUUCUCCCCCCCCACCCCCAAGUCUGUUAUAUUAUUUUACAUGUUACCAAGGCUAGAAGAUCAAACCUGGCUAAUCCUGCACAAGGAAAUUAGACAUAGUGUCUCUUGGACAAAUUCUUGUUUUAAUAGAAGGCAAUUAAUAAACUAAGUAUUUGAAAAGAAAAUGUAGAAACUGCAAUCCACCUCUCACCCCCCUAAAAUAUUCCAGUUUAGGAGUAUGUGGUAUUGCUCCUAAACUGGAAUAUUUUCCUUUACUUCAAUGAAGCUAACCCAGUUUACUACAGAAGAUGAUUUGGCCCUUCAUAUUUACAAGGGAGCUGUUAGAGCAUUGAAAAAUGGGAAGUUCAGUAACAUUUUCUGUUGUCCCUGUUUUGUGUUAGUAUGUUGUAGACGGAGCUUGGUCCUGCCUUGAGGGCGGGGGGCUGGACUCGAUGACCUCUUGAGGUCCCUUCCAGUCCUAGUAUUCUAGGUUGACAGACCAGCUACUAUGUAUUGUUUUACAAGAUCCAUGUGUAUUAAUUAUUUUUUGCCAUUUCAAUUGAUUCUUAUUGUAAAUUCGUUAAUAAAAACUGCUUUGUAUUUUUUUAAGAAA